AGUGAGCAUUACAGAAUGGCGAACAGUCAAGUAGAAGGGGACAAUGGCAGAGGAACCCCCAGAUCACAGAAUCUGAGAGAAAGUGAGGAAGAAACUCGAGAGCCCCGAACUCCUUCUUCAGAAACCGCGCCGGCCUCACUACCGUCGCAGUCUCGCAGGGAGCCCCCCCCCCCCCCGAAUCAAGGAGCGGAGGCAUCCCAAAGGCCGGCGCGGAAGGAACCAAAGCACGCAGCGUCGCUGGUUGCUAGGAUACACUGCUCACCAUCUCAUCCAAUCAGCACAUACCUCUUUGCGUCCAAUCAUAGGAGCGGAAGAGCAGUAGUCGGAGGUGAAAGGUCACGCUGCUUUUGGGCGGCCAUUUCUCGUGGUCCGUGCUGGGGUAGGCGCUCCAGGCACCAGGGACGGACAAGAGCUGGGUCGGCGGCGAGUAGCCUACAGCAUUUGCUCGUCGUCGCGAUGAGUUUGCCCCUCAAUCCCAAACCUUUCCUCAACGGAUUAACAGGAAAGCCAGUAAUGGUGAAACUUAAGUGGGGAAUGGAGUACAAAGGCUACCUGGUAUCUGUAGAUGGCUAUAUGAACAUGCAGCUUGCAAACACAGAAGAAUACAUAGAUGGAGCCUUGUCUGGACACCUGGGUGAAGUUUUAAUAAGGUGUAAUAAUGUCCUUUAUAUCAGGGGUGUUGAAGAAGAGGAAGAAGAUGGAGAAAUGAGAGAAUAGCAUCUUUUGUGGGAAAUUUCUUUUUAUAUAUAUUUCUAGACAAUAAAAAUUUGUUUUUUCAACUUGA